AUGUCCACUGCCCACCUUACAACCCCGGCUUUUAGGGACCCAGGAGCGUAUGACUAUCUGUCGGCUAAGACUGACUAUGCCUACGCAGAAGGGAAGGGAGAUGAUGAUGACGACAGCCAGCCACCAGCACUUCCAUCCACCCACACUAGGCCCUCUCUGGAUUCUAGGAGGCCCUCAAAUGUCCCUCGGUUGUCUCGGGCAGGGAUCGGAUACUACACUCCCCCAAUGGAGAUGACUUCAUUUGCUGGCUCUUCCAGAGGGAUCAUGGAACAGCUGAGGAAUGAUGACGGAGAUGACCUCAGCAUCAGGGAUGGGGGAUAUCUGACUAUGGAGGCAUCCAUGCCAGACUAUGCCAACCAGCACCAUGACCCUUACUUGAGGGCCCAGGACGACACCUCUCGUGAAAUAAGGUAUGGAUAUCUGCCCCUGAAUACCAGUGGAAGAGGAGAGCAGCAUCCAUCCAGUGAGUACUACAAUGGCCAUGACAGACCAGCUGACACGCGGUACGGAUAUCAAAACCGCCAUUCCAGGACACCUGUGGAGGACAGUAGUGAGCAAGACAGGCCAGGUGACACACGGUACGGACAUCAAAGCCGCCAGUCCAGGACACCUGUGAAGGACAGUAGUGAGCAUGACAGGCCAGGUGACACACGGUACGGACAUCAAAGCCGCCAGUCCAGGACUAUGGAGGACAGUACUGAGCACGAUAGGCCAGACUAUGUAAGGUCUAGGAACCAAAGUCAUCAGUCCAUGGAACCAGAGAUGAGCAAUAGUCAGCAGCAAGACAGGAACAACCAACAUGCUUCUCCUGACAGGAGCGACAAACGUCGUUAUUCCCACCAGGACUCUUCAGGGCCACAAGGUGAUCACAGUACACCUUGGCAGUAUGUUAGCCCUCAUGCACUUCAAACCAGAAACAACAGCCAAACACGUCACCAUCCCCAUGGAGGACAAAGAGAUGAUGGACAUUCCCGGAAAUUCAGCUACACGAAAAACGUCCAACCAUCACCAUCAACUGGCAAGGACAAAGCUCCAGAGCGUCCCCAUCGCAAACUACGAAGGUCAGGCAGGAAGAAGUCUGGGAACAGCACCGACCCACUUUUGUCUCCACACAAUGAUGACCUCUCUGGCAACCAGUUGGAAGAGGGAGAAGUGGAUCUUUGGGGACAAUUCAGUUAG